AUGCUCUCGGCAAGCGCCGUGCCGAAGUCUCGGAUAUUCGGCGCUGCCGGGAUACGUCAUGUUCAGCUCUCAACGCCAGACUCCACCAUCUCCGCUAUGGAUGCUGAUGGCUUGCUUUGGUGCAAUUGCAGGUUCAAGCUAGCACCGAAUCUACGAGUCCCUGCAGGAGAACCAGGCUUGGCAAGCAUCAAUGCAAGCCACAGUCUGAGAGCACAGCAUGUGAGAUCAUGGCUGGUGGACAAUUACCAGAACAAUGCCGCCUACGGUGAGUUCGUUCCAUUCAGCGGAGGCUACAGAGACAGCAUUUGGGGAGCCCAUCAGGACGGCAGCAUGGCGGAGGCAAUGGUUGUCGGCCCACUGGAGAGGGGGAGCUGCGUCCUGCCACCAAAGCAUGGGCAGGAAAGCUGCCAACCGCACGGAUGUGAUUGGGAUCCAGAAGAAGCUCUUCUUCGAGAAUUCUUAAUAGAGGGCCAGGAUAUUUACUUGGCUUGCAGUUUAUCUACAGUUCACGGCGGAGAUGCACCAACAUGGGCAAGCAUUGACCUCACGAGAGCAGCAGUAUCCGACAUGGCGCGUAUCUGCAAGGCAUGGCGGGGCAAUGUCGUAGGAGCCGGUGAUCACAUCAAAGACGAUGCAAUGGGGAUAACACCAUGCUCAGUCUGGAGCAGGGGGGUAGAGGGAACAUUGCAGAGGAUGCUAGCCCACAGCGAUACUCCUCCAUCAAUGCCGCCCCCAGCUUUCGGGGUUCGGGUUCGUUCGUUCGUUCGUUGGUUUGAGGGGCAGGGAGGCCGCACGCUGAAUGGGGGCCGACCGUGAACGGAGAAUCUGGUGUCUUAGGAGGGCUUUCGGCAUCGUCAAGGAGGCGCUGGAGCAGCAUUGGGGGCAGAGUCGAAUUGGGAAGGGGAGGCAUCGACAGACGCGGGGAUGAUUGUGUGAUGUCAGCAGGUUGAAGUCGCUGGGUGAUUGACGCGACCGCGCUUUUGAUGCAUUCUCCAAGAGGUCGGUUCAUCGGGUUCGUGUCUCGUUCGAGUGAGCUUUGCGAUUGCGGAUCGAGGCUUCUUUAGCAUUGCGCGUCCAUAGCGAAAUACUAAAGCGCAAGAAGUCCAUUGGCAACUCGAAGGGCAGCGACGAGCG